CUUUUCUAUUUAUGACCGUAAAUUCUCAUCUCUGACGCAAACUCUUUAUCUUCUCUCUGUCUCUGUUUCUCGUCUCAAGUGAAGUAAUUUAAUCUUUUACAUAAUGGGUGGAAGUGCGAUAGAUAGUUUGAUGGAUGAUGAUUGGGAGCUCCCUUCCCUAUCUAGUGGAGAACAGUCUGUGGCCAGUGGAGAACGGACUGUGGUUUUAGUUGGGCAUACUGGCAAUGGAAAAAGUGCCACCGGGAAUAGCAUUCUUGGAAGAAGGGCUUUUAAGUCCAGGGCUAGUUCAUCUGGUGUUACUAGUACUUGCGAAUUGCAAAGAACUGAACUCAAAGAUGGCCAGAUCAUUAAUGUUAUUGAUACUCCUCGACUCUUUGAUUUUUCUGCUGAAUCUGAAUUUAUUGGGAAAGAAAUUGUCAAAUGUAUUAAAUUGGCGAAGGAUGGUAUCCAUGCAGUCCUUGUAGUUUUUUCAGUGAGAACCCGUUUUUCACAAGAAGAACAAGCUGCGCUACGCAGCUUGCAGACUUUGUUUGGAAGCAAAAUUAUAGACUACAUGAUUGUAGUCUUCACCGGUGGGGAUGAACUUGAAGAUAAUGAGGAAACAUUAGAAGACUAUUUGGGUCGUGACUGUCCAGAUCCUUUAAAGGAUGUUCUUGCUUUGUGUGAAAAUCGACGAGUGCUUUUUGAUAACAAAAGACUAAGGAUGAAACCCAAAGAGCUAAACAAGUUGGUGAACUUCUCUCCCUUGUUAGGGCAUCUCCAACCCAUGCUAUUUACACCAAAAUAG